CUCUGCAACCCAGGGAAAGCGAUGUUUGGCCAGCAGCUGUUACUGUAUAACUCGUGGAGGAGGCUGCCUGAUCCGUGAGCUUCCCAUCCGCCUGCAAAGCCAUGUCUCGGGUGCUGAUCGUUGGGGCCGGUCUGACAGGAAGCCUGUGUGCCCACCUCCUGAGGCAGGAGCUGGCGGCCAGCAGCCGCAAACUGCAACUUGUUGUGUGGGACAAAGCCAGGGGCGCAGGAGGCCGCAUGUCAACAAGCCGAUCUCCCACAGAUCCAAAUUGCACGGCUGACCUGGGAGCCCAGUACAUCACCGUGACGCCGGAGUACGCUCACAAACACAAAACGUUUCAUGAUGAGCUGGUAGCUAAAGGCAUCUGUACACCAUUAAGUGCUGCAGUAGAAGGGAUGGUGAUGAAAGAUGGCUCUUAUAACCUGGUUACACCCCAAGGAGUCUCUUCAAUCGUCAAACACUACCUCAACCAGUCCGCAGGUGCUGAUGUCCAUUACGAGCGACACGUCACACAGAUAAACCUUCGAGAUGCAAGAUGGGAGGUGUGCAGGAAGUCUGGGAGCCCCGAAACCUUUGAUGUUGUGGUUCUUACUAUGCCAGUCCCACAGAUUCUACAGCUGCAAGGCGAUGUUAGGAACUUAAUUAAGGAAAGCCAAAGGCGCCAACUGGAAGCUGUGAGCUACUCCUCCCGCUACUCCUUGGGACUCUUUUAUGAAGCUGGCACACAGAUUGAUGUCCCCUGGGCAGCAAAGUACAUCACUGAUAAUCCCUGCAUACGCUUCAUCUCCAUUGAUAAUAAGAAACGCAAUGUAGAGUCUUCAGAAGUUGGGCCCUCGCUUAUUGUACAUACCAGUAUACCGUUUGGGAUAGAGCACUUGGAAGAGGAGAAAGAAGAUGUGCAGCCCCUGAUUAUGAAGCAUCUUGAUACAGUUCUACCAAAUCUUCCUCAGCCGAAGGCUGUGAAGUGUCAGAAAUGGCGCUACUCACAGGUUACAGAGGCCUUUCCUGAUUGUCCAGGUCAGAUAACUCUGCACAGCAAGCCUUUCCUUCUGUGUGGUGGAGAUGGAUUUACACAUUCAAACUUUGAUGGAUGCACAGAAUCGGCUCUACGGAUUGUGGAAACUUUAGCCACCUAUUUGAAGUACUGACACUAGGCAGUGAUUAAUGCAGUAACAAUGUGAUCAUCUAUCUUUUACAGGGGAGAGUCAAGUAAGUGCAAGUUGCCAGGCACAUAGUUUUACCGCAGCUGACCAGGGCCGGCAACAGAAAUCUUGGGGCCCGGUACACCGAUAUCUCUACGCCACCCCCCCAGGCCCAACUCCCCCUUGCCCCCUUACCCAUCCGAUGCACACUCCAGCCAGCAACCCCCCCCCCCUCCCAUUACACACAGCUAAUGGAUGACCUGUGACAGAGUAACACCUCUCGGGCGCAGUGUGACACAAAGACGCACCCUCCCCCAGCAGCCGCAAUGUGCACCAUAAACAACUACUUUGUGCCUUAUACCUCCCAGCAGCACUGAUUUUGUGUGGCCUGUGGCCCCCAUUUUUUAUGUCGCACAUAAACAGAAAAUGAGUUUCAAACACAGCACUACAACUAAUUGAAAAAUGGGGGCCAUAGCUACUCACUGUGCAAUUAAAAAACAUGGCACUGACAGUGACUCACCACCAAAACACAAUCCUGUACCCCAGCAGCGCAAGCUUUUCCUGUCCGGUCUUUCAGGCCGCUGCUGUGCUGCUCCCUUUCUCCUGAACUAGUCUGCCCACAGCCUGCCUUUUCCUCAAAGGGGUACAUGACGCCACAGCAGGCAGGGACAAACAGGGAAGGGGAGCGUGUGGGCGGUGCAGAGCAUUGCGUCAUGCGUCACACGUGACCUGACACGUCACAUGUCAGACACAGACCGCCGGGACCCAGGAGGUUACGGUUACUGCCGCCGCCGAUGUACUCUUAAACAUAUUUUUACAUGUGAUGCACCCAUGGCCAGGCCGGUACGGCCCGCGUAAUAUGUUUUUACUGUUAAUGUAAAAUUAUUACAUUAUGCUGCUAGAGUGCCCCCUACACCUUGGGGCCCCUCAGAGCUUUGGGUACGGAGGUACCCUUUCUACCCCCCUGUCACCGGACAUGCAGUAGACACCAAUUCAUUUAUAGGACAGUAUCAUAUUACCCACAAAAACGAAAGGCCUGCAAAAUGUCUUUUUGCCAAAAUGCUCGCUCUCAUUUUUCGACCAAUCCUAUUCCCAAAUUGUGAAAAUGGAAUUUGCGGGAAAAAUUCUUUGCCUCAAAAUAGUUCAAAGUGUAGGUGAAAAUGGGGAAAUGAGCCUGUACCCCAAAAAUGAGAAACUAACAUAGGAUAACAGUAUAGAAGUGUAUUAGAGGUCAUAAUCAAAAUAUUUUGGGGGCUUAAACUGGGUCAAAUGGCUGUUAUAUGCAUUUUUCUAAAAAAUAUAGAAAAAAUAAUAAAACACAAGCUUUUCUGCAAAUUAAAUGCUCUCAUUAAAUUUGGGGAACAUGAUAAUGGGUAUACGUAUAUAUUUUAGCCUUUUUAUGGUACUUGAAAAAAGUUGGAAAAAAACGAUUACUCCCACCUGCAAGCCUAAAAACACUUGUGCCACUCAUAAAGCACCUUUCCCGUACCUUGAACCUCAACAUUACAUUUUUUCUCCCAAAAAAUGAUAUGUCAUUAUUGGCCAAUCAAAAAUAAACAUUUUUAACUGACUAAUUAGUCAUUCAGGGGGGUGUCCCAGAAGUUCUAAACCAAAUUCCCAAAUUUUUACUUUAGAAUGGAGAUUUUGAACUACUUAUCACCUGCUCACAGUAGGUGAAAUCAAAUUCACAAUAAAACCUAUGGAGUCUUUUUUCCAAUAGCAUUUUGUGGCUAAUUGGAUGCCUGGUUUAAGUCCUGUUCUUAUUGUGAAACUGCAUUUUCACAGCUAAUAGGAUACCCCCCAUAUUGUCCUAAGUUGCAUCUGUAAUAUUGCUGAAGAAGGGUGUGAGCAAAGAUAUGAGAUGUUAAGCCAUAUUACAGGCACUAUGCUCAAGGCAGGACUAUACAAUUGAAUUGGCAUCGGCACAUUAGUGAUGAAACAAUGGGCCUGAUUUAUAUUUGUAUACAAACCCGAUGGUUUGAGUACAAACAUGAUGUUUGGGGGUCUGGUCAGGUGCAAAACCCAGAAUGGUUCUUGCAUUGUCACUCGCAGCCCCCUGUCAGCCUCAGCAUGAUUGACAUGUUGCUUUGGUUGGGGGGACGGAGCGGUAUUCCAGGACCCCGAUGUCCAAAUCAUUACGAAUUGGGCCCAUUGGGCGGCAAUUGCAUUUCAUUGUGCGUUUCAAUGUGUGUUAAAUUACACUUAAUUGAAUCUCCCUCUAGGGGCCCAUUAGAUUAGCAAUGAGAUGGCUUGCCACACAAGUCAUUUCGGCUAAAUGCCGCACUUAUGGUAGCUCUGAACUUGCAGCUUUUUGUUCGUAGCUUGUUCAGGCCGUGAGGGUGCAAGUUCAGCUUCCGUUGCUGGUGUUUCUACUCCAAUGCAGCAGCAAUUUGUCCCCCUUGCAGGUAAUUGACUUGACCCCUAGGAAUGAAUGUUACCCAGUGUAAAACAGAUGGUUUCAUUAAUGUAAUUGCUAGUUAUUUUAAGGGCUCAUUCACACAUAUGCUCUGGGAAAUGCGUAAAAAUGCAUGGCAUUUAAGUUGUUGGGGUUUUUUUGUUUAAUGUGUGGUGCAUUUAGAUUCCUCCCAAUGUUGGUAGAUGCGGAAUUGGGACAGAGGUGUGGCUGUGGCAUGCUGGAGAUGUGACCACAUCACAGCUGGUGUGGUGAUGCCCCCAUUUUAUUGCUGCACACUACGUAUACCUACUGAGGUGUGUGACAGGGUAAUAUUUCUUUUGAAUGAGCCCUCACCUCGGGACAAUCCCACUAAAAUUAGGAUGAUUGGAAGUUACGCUUUGAUCUACACAGUAUAUUGUACUGGCAGUGACCAUUAAUCAAUGGGAAAUUCGGGGACUGACGUCAUGAACUGGGCGGGCGUGUACACACGCCCGCCCAGUUCACCUGUCAAUCACCGCCAGCCGCCGCAGCAUGUGUACGGGCCCGUACACACACAGCGACGCGCCAAUAUAUCAGUAGAUAUAUUGGCCGUCGGCUGUGCUGCGCAGCCGACGCGAUACGUCUGUGAACGACGGAGUUCACAGACGUAUCGGCCGUACACACUGGCCAACGGUCCCGCGAUAUAUCGGCCGUUCAGGAGAACGGCCGAUAUAUCGACCAGUGUGUACGGGCCUUAACUCUAACCCCCAUGCAACCUCACCGGUGGCACCUAAACCCCCCUUCUUCCCACAGCCUAAACCUAAUCCUCCCCCCUUGCGUGGCUUACCUGUCCGGUGUCCCGGUAAACAGUCGAUCUUGAUUCUGGCGGUCUGGAUUCUGAGGCCGGGAUUUUGUCCCUAGAUGAGAUGCUGUCAUUCUGAGCAGUGUUGGGAUUCCAGCAUCUGUAUUUCGCCGGAUCCCUGGCUACACCCUCUGCUACUCAGGAGAAAAAAAUUGUGCCAUCAUGCCAAGUGGGAAAGGGCACCAUCGAGCUUCCAGACCACUGUCUUCACUGGUGAAGUUGUCGGAAUCCUUGAGUUGCUCUACUCUCUUAGAGUGAUCCAUGAAAUUUAUGACUCUCCAAAGAUAGUUGGCAAAUAUGAGCGAUGUUAUGCCGGCCAUAGAUCUGGGCGAUAAUAUUAAAACCAGCCUACUAGUUGGCUGGUUGGAAUGACAAUCUGGCAGUGUGUGGGAGCAAAUGAUCAUAAUAUCCUGUUUGUUCCCAAACACCAAAAAGGUUGUUCCAACUAGUUGUGAAAAUCAAACAUGUUUGAAUUUUAGCAACUAAUUGUUCUAAUGUAGGGGGAACUUUCCCCCAACUGAGCGAUAAGUGGGCAGACACUGACCAGCUGUGUCCUCCUACUUUUGUCACCAUCCACAUGCCCAUCACUACCAAACUUCCCCUGUCAACUUCGGAUCAGUGGAAGCAAUAAUGCAUAAUCCUGAAUGGUGCAGGAGUGGCAAGCUCAUUACACCUGCACUAUAAUAAAUUUUGACAGCAUGAGGGGGGUCAAAUGUAAAAGGAUAUACCGCAUAUUUUCUUUCUUAUAUCCGUGUCCAUAAGUCCACAGCUCCCUUCAUGAUCAUAUGUCACUUGAAAUAUAUUGUUUCCCCUACAAUGCUGCAUCGGGCACCUGUCUCAGUGAGUAGUGCCCACACUAAGACUAUGGGCACCUGAUGCAGCAUUGAAGGGGAAACUAAAUAUUUUAAGUGACGUACUUUGUGAUCAUUUCUAAUAUAAGGGAACAAAACAUGGGUGAAUGAAAGCUGUGUUCUCACUAAUAUAUACAGUAAGUGACUGUUCCAUUACUCCGAAUGUGACACCAACCAUUCUGUUGUAGCCAUGGGUGGCAGUAAAUAAAAUACGUGACAUACCACACACUCUUUUGAGCUGUGAUCAAUCUUCACACUAUUAUGUAAACACCAUCUACCUAAGUGAAAUUACAGUAAAUAUAACCGCGUCUUGUCUUGCACUAUAUAUGUAAGAGACGACUAUUACAAUAUCUCUAGAACAAUCGGCUAACUGCAAAUGGGUAGAAUAAGAAAUGAUAAUUGUAUAAAUGCUGAAAUAAUCAUUAUAAUUGUGUGCAUUAUUUUGAAGUAACACUUGUUAUAAUAAAGGACAGUACUUGAAAGUUCA